CUUACAGUCUUAAAAAGAUAAAACUCAUAUGAGUCAUAUUUAAAAGUGGAGUAUACUUAUACACACAGUCAAGAAUGAAAGUCAAUUUUUGAAAUGGAAGUUGAUCCGCCAUUAGUAUAUCGUCGCAAAUCAUUCGAGUUUCAAGAUUUUGGAAAGUUUAAAAUCGUUUCAAGGGAUUUUAAAAAGCAAUAUUGUAACACAUACAUUGCACGAUUAGCAGCGUUAAGAAAGCAUCUUAUACAAAAAGCAAAACUCAAAUGGGCCCAGCACGAAAUUGUUACGCUCGCCGAACUUUCUGAAAGAAAUGAAAGUAAAAAUUGUAUCUUAAUAGGAACAUUAUAUAAACAUCAAGAAUUGAAGCCGUCAAUAUUACGCGAACUUGGCAAAGAACUACAAUUAGUAACUCAACCAGCUAGGACAAAUUAUGCAUCAUCUAAAGACAUAUUGUAUUUGGAGGAUGAAGUAUUACGUAUUAAAUUGGACGGUAAUCACGUGAACGUUAAAGAUGUAGUUACUGGUGUUAUUUGUGCUGUAUUGGGGCGGGAAUUGGAAAAUGGUGCAUUUUCAGUGAUAGAUUGGUGUUUACCAGGAUGUUGCCCAAAACCAUCAACAUGUAACCAGUUAUCAUCAAGAAAAGGAAAAAUUUUAAUAAUGUCAGGAUUAGAUUUAGUAAAUAAUACAGAAUCAUUAAGUUUAAGUCUCUUGUCUGAAUGGAUAACUGGAAUGAUCGGUUGUAAGAGAAAUCAAGAAGAAGUGGCAUCCAUUGUGUGUAUUAUUAUAGCAGGAAAUAUCAUAAGAGGAUCUGUGGAAAUUCAUAAUCAUAAAGGAUAUUUUGAAAAUAAAACACAUGAGGAAAGUGUGUUCAAAAAAACUGCAAUGGCAACUCAUAAACUUGACAAUUUUCUUUGUCCUAUAGUGCAAAAUUGCCCUGUAAUAUUAAUGCCUGGAGAGUUUGAUCCAACAUGUCAUACAAUACCUCAGCAGCCACUUCAUCCUUGCAUCUUGCCCCAAUGUGCUAGGUUUAAAAGCUUCUAUGGAGCAACUAAUCCAUGGAUUGGUAGUAUCAACUCUUGUAUUGUAGCUGGAUCUAGUGGUCAACCUAUUACAGAUAUUAUGAAAGUAGCUGAUAUUGCUAAUGUUUCACCAUUAACAUGGUUGAAACGUACAUUAGAUUGGCAACAUUAUGCACCAACUGGGCCAGACACUAUUCCAACUUAUCCAUGUGAUGAGGUUGAUCCAUUUGUUAUGACAGAGUGUCCUGAUGUAUAUUUUGCUGGUAACAUGGAUAAAUAUGAUACUAAACUAUUCACAGCAGAGGAAGGACAAAUGGUUAGGUUGAUAUGUAUUCCAAAAUUUUCUGAGACACAAACAGUUGUGUUAGUUGAUUUAGAGAAUUUAAAAUCUUGGCCUGUUUCUUUUGCUAUUAAUUAAUUUAAUACAUUCAAUUACUAUAUCUUAAAGUAUUGUUACAAACGGGGAACGAAGUAUAUAAUGAUGAGUUUGUAAAAGAAAUAAUGAAAGUUUCUUAUAUAUUAUUAACAGAAAUUGUACAUAGCAAAUAUAUUAUUUAUUCUAUAAAUAUAAUGGAUUUACUUGCUCCUUCUUCAUGUUUACAGUAAGUUAAAUCUUACAGUAGUUUUUUUUAUAUACUGGGUAUAAUAUUGAUCAUGACGAGCUUGAAAAGCUCGUAAUUCAAUUAUUUUCAUUAUAUCGUAAAAAGCUUGAUAAUUCGGUCGCCAUGGGGUUUUAGUCAGUAGGAAUCUGACACUCCCCCAGGGGUCGGUGGGGGAUCUUAUGCAAGAUUUCCCCACGUGGCUGUGCUCUCUGCAUGUUCUGGGGUGUCUGGGACCCCUCGAAAACAAAGGCAUGUCCAGUCUUCUUGUAUCUGUAGUCACUGCCUAAAAAUUUUUGUUAUGGUUUCUUUACCGGACGAAGUGAUUGCAUUUUUAGUGAAUUAAUUAACAAUUUUUCAAGAUUUUUUCGGGAUUUUCGAUAGUGACCAGCUACUGAUUUAUAUACAGUGAUCUACUGAUGUCAGUAUCGGGCAUAAAUAUUUAACUACAUACAAUACUUCCUGGAUCAUCCAGAGAUAUGACAUGUAACAUAACACAAAGUGAUGUCUACAACGGAAAAAUCAUUGCAGUAUGCCGGUAUGACUUCGUGGAUUGCCUCCUUUUCUUAUAUUUAUUUCCAAUCUAAAUAACAAUAUAUUAAUGUAAUAAAUUUCAUUAUUUUCCUAAAUACAGUGGAUCUGCAGUGCUUAUGCAGAUGUUUUACUGGAAUAAAAAGUCAAAUAAUAUCAUAAAUGGUAGAAAAUGUAAAUCAAUAAUCUAGAAUUUACAUCAAUAAAAUUAUAUUUUAGCUGCACA